UCUCAUCCAUUUGCUUCAUUCCUUGCUCGGAAACAGCUUCCUACAUGGAUGUCUUCAAGGACACGAAGAGAUAUAGACUGGGAGGAGGAGGAGGAGGAGGAGAGCAGAUCGAUAGCGUCAACAUGGCCAAUGUGCUGAUGCUUCUAUCUCAAGGAGGAGGAGGAAGUGGUGGCGGGGCGGAAAAGAGAGAUCACUCGGGGCGGGUGUUCGAGUGCAAGACAUGCAACCGGCAGUUCCCAUCCUUCCAAGCGCUGGGAGGCCACCGAGCGAGCCACAAGAAGCCGAGGCUGGGCGGCGACGGCCAUGGCCAGGCGCAGGGCGGGGCUGCCAAGCCGAGGGUCCACGAGUGCUCCAUCUGCGGGCUCGAGUUCGCCAUCGGACAGGCCUUGGGUGGUCAUAUGAGGCGGCACAGGACCACGGCCGAAGGAUUCGGGCAUGGCCUCACGGAGAAGCCGCCGGGCGACCGCAGAGGGACGCUAUUGGACCUGAACCUACCGCCUUUGGAGACUGAUCUUAAGCUUGGUUUAGGAUUGGAGAUCGUAGAUAAGAUUCCAAUGGUGGGUUGUGGACAUUGAUCGAUCAGGCUUGGUUCUUCUUUUUUGCUCUUCCUCUUCAAUUUGCGACUUAGUUAGUAUGCAACAAACACUUGGCACAAACUACGUUCACAUUCUAUUUAUGUUAGGGCAGAUUCUUGAGAGAGAGAGGACACACGCACAGGACUAUGUACAGAAUCACACCAUGGUAUUAAUACAUUUUGUUUUUUUUUUUGA